AUGCGCACUCCCAACUGGCAGAUAUAUCUAUUCACCAUCCAAACAAUAAUCACUCUACCGUUUUACACGACUCUGAUCGUUUCUCUCAUUGUUUGGAGGCGACGAAAUAAUGUGUUCCGGUCGCCGUACUACACAAUCACUUUAGCGCAGGUUUUGUACAAAAAUGAUCGUUUUGGAUGUUUUUGGAACGUUGCUUUUUUGACAAAGUGCGCAGAGCUCGCUUGAAGAAGUUUGAUAGUCUGGACGAAGUAGUUCGUCUAGAAAAAAAAAAUCGAAAACUUAGGCCGCACCCCGGGAUGGAAUCGAGCCGACGUUGGGGGGAAAAUCCCUGCAGAAAAAAGGCCUUUUUCAAAGAAUGAAGUUCUCUUUUAUAGUCUUUUGUGAGAUCUAGUAAACCUAAUUAUUUGCUGGAAUGAGAAGCGCGAAAUAUCGCGAAACAGGCAAUGAAAGGACUCUUUUUGUGGCCUUUUGGAAGCUUUUCGUUUUUCAUGAAAAUUUUGAAGCCCAAAAAAAAAAGAAAUAGAGAGGUAACGAAAAAAAAUUGUUCAGGCGGUCUCAUGAUAGGAAAAAGCUUCAUCAAAACAAAAACUUAUUUCCAGGUUCUUCCCGACUUUCUAAUCGUGGCCACCUAUUUGCUUUUCUGGAUGGCCAAAUUUCUUCAUAUCGGGAACGAGUUCGUCUUCAAAUACCAGGACUAUUUCUUCGCCGACUACAUUAUGAUCCAAGCUCCGCUCCUACUGAUAAUGAAAGCGUUUGCCGUGGCGGCGAUCGCGAUCCAAAGAUACAUUUCUUUGUGCUGCCACACCAGUUGGUUGCACCAGGUACAACCGGACGAAUUUAGCGUUGUUCACAAGAAAGUUCUAACACGGGAAGUCAUUUUACUUGUCGGUUUAGAAUCUUCUUCAAAUUUGCUCAAACACUCUCUGAAUGUCUAGAUGAAGGUCCCUCAGAGUCGCUACCGGCGCAAACUUCUAGUAUUUGAGAUAUUAGUUUUUAAAGUUCGCUUUUAACACGAAAUAUUUUUUAAGAUAAUUAAUUUUGGAGAUCGAAAAGUUAAGCCUAAAACCCAUUUUUCGCAACUUUGAAAAAUCAUAUCUCAAAAACUUGAAGUUUGCGCUGUUAGCGACUAUGAGGGAUCUUCACCUAGACCUUCAGAGAUGGUUUGAGCAAAUUCGCAGAAAGUUCCAAACCGCAAAGUAAGAAAAUUUGAAGCCAGUUUUUCUUGUUUAGAAAUCAGCAUACUUAAGAACACCUUUCGGCAAGUUUCCUUAAAACUAUCAAAGAUGGACUAUUUUGAUUUCACUUGUAAGUUAAUCUCGAAACUAACAGAUAAAAAAAAAAGUGAAUCAUCCGUUUUUUUGCUCAUGAUUAGGAAGCUUCAAAAUGCUCGAAAAAGUCUAAUUAUUCCAGAAAGUGACGAAAUGUCCACCUUGGAUCAUCUACCUCGUCAUUUGGGGCCCUCCGAUUUUGAUUUGUUCUCCGAUUUGGAUAAACAGUGAAGCGAAAAUUAUAGAUUCUGAAACACUGACUUUCAUUGUUCCAGAAACAGUUACAAGGGUGGGAAAAAUACGUUUAAUUUCAAGAGCCAAUUUUACAGAUUUCUGCAAUGACAAAUUUGUUGACGCUUACCCCAAUUUUUUUCAUCGUAUUUUUGCUUUACGCAAGAAUUUUCGAAUACUUGGUCGUCAAUAGAGAGCUACUGAAAAGGUUGAGUUUGAUCAUGAUUUUGAAGCUGUUCGAAAAUUGGUCCGAAAUUAUCGGAAGCCGGCCUAUUUCGACAAAUUUUGCGGGAAAAUCGAAACUUCUUACUGGAAAAACCCCCCAAAUUUUUUCGUUUUUUUCAGGAAGAGUGACAAAAAAUUGAACCAGGAGCGACGGCUGAGCUUUCAAGUUCUUCCACUCAUUUUUUCAUUCGUUUUGAUUUAUGCCUAUGCCGUGGCUUGUUUGAUUAUCAACGAGCUUGGACGGGUUUUCCUUUCCACAAUUUUUUUUUCAUCGAAAAAUAUAUUCCAGCCAGACCUGUUAAUCGCCUAUAUGCACCCGAACUACCCGGUGAUAAUGAGCACUUUCGCGUUCAUCAAUCCGUGGACCCUGCUGAUUCUCAACUCCGAUGUCCGUCGGAACCUUUUCGGAUCUUCAAACACGAACUUCCUGGUGACCUCUCGAGAUUUUUAAUCGUUCAGAAUAUGAUAUUUUUUUAUAGGAGACGUCCAGUCGCCCCGCUGUACAAAGCCAUUCGAGUCGGCACAGUUAUAACCCAAUCUGUGACACCUUGAAAUUUCUACAUCAUUUUUUUCUCUCAUUUUCGAAUAUGAAAGUGUUCAAUAAAAAAGCUUUUCGGUGUGUCAAAAGUUCUCUUUUUAGGGAGAAGUUGAUCCAUAAUACUAGUGAAAAAAUUUCAAACUCCCAAAAAAAAAAAUUGUGAACAUCAUUCCGAAUGUAUCCUUUUAUCGAUAGAAGAAUGACAACGGCGCACUUUUGAGUCGCUAGAAAAUUUUAGUGGCCUCUAUAAAAGUCGAAUAAGGCGGCCACUUGAGGGGCUAAAGUUUAGUGGCCUCUUUAGAAGUUGGUAUUACUAGACCACUAAAAACUACUAGAGGUGCCAUUAAGACGAAAACUAGCGGGUUCUAUAGGCUUGGUUCUAGUGGCCACUUUAGUGUCCUCUCUGAGUAGUCUUCUCUGAGUCUCUUAAGUGGCGUCUAGAGGUUAUCCCAUCAGUAUCGUAGAUCUUUUCCACUUAAAAUUCACACAAAAAAUUUCUUCUCUCUGAAGGUUUGUAUUCUGAAUCAGUUAGCUUCAUUAAAUGGCGCUUUUUUUUAAAUAAAUUUUUUCUCUCUACUUAUUGUUUCAUUCUCUUUUUUUUUAUCCUUUAUCUGCUUCAUAAUGAGCAAACAGGUUCUAAAAGGCAAAACAUUGAUAUUUGGGAUGAAGACUGUUUCAAAUGUCAAAAUGAAAGGCUCAGCUUUUGAGCUUUAAUGAUAAAAUGAUGAGAAAAAACAGCCUCUGGAAGAAUAGUUCCAGAGAGAAAUUCUAAAAGAAAAAACUUAUUUCGAUCAUAUAAACUUUAUUCGAACCAGCUCAAAAAUUUCUGCGCCCUCUCGUUUCUCAGAAACUCUUUCGAGUUUAAGAGCUAUUUCCAUGUUUCUAUGACCUUACCAGCUAGGGAAAAGAGAGCGCAGACACGACAAACUUUUGAAUUGUACUUUGAAGCACUUUUAAGCUUUUCGGAAACAAAAACACUCAAAAAAAGAGUUUGUGCUUAGCGUGUGAAAAUCUGCUUUUCCCCUUCAAUUAAUGUUUCAUUUUUAUUUUCCUUUCUGCUCGCUUUUUGACUUCUCGUCUGCUGCCGGAAAUUAGAAUUGUCUAAGCUUUCUUGAAAGAUGCGUACUCCCAGCUGGCAGAAUUAUCUAUUUACUGCCGAAACAAUAAUCACUGUACCGUUUUACACGACUCUGACCGUUUCUCUUAUCGUUUGGAGACGAGGAAAUCAUGUGUUUCGGUCGCCGUAUUACACAAUGACUUUGGCACAGGUUGAGGGCAAAAUGAUCAUUUUGGAUUCGCCAAAUUUUUUCUGUUUUGAAAAAGUGCGGAGAGCUCUCUUAAAGAGGCUUGAUAGUUUAGACAAAGUCGGUCUGUCGAUGAAGGGUCAAAGUUUGUAGAAACCUCGUGAGUGCAAAGAGACCUACAGAAAAACAAGCGGAAAGGGUUUUUUUUAAAGAUAAAAUAAUAAAGUUCGCUUUUUCUUUUUUGUGAAACCUGAACUUCUUUGCUGAAGUCAGCGCCAAAAAUAUCGCAAAAAAAUGCGAUGAAAAAAGUAAGAAGCGGCAAAAACCGCUCCGGCGGUCUCAUGAAAUAAAGAAGCUUAAUGUAUAACUGUAUAAUGUAUUCUCUCAGAGUCUAGAUCCAAGUGAACUCGUUAGGGUUCACGCUGAUCUGUCAAUAAAUUAUUAUUUAAAAAAAAAGCUUCAUUAAAAAAAUAACUCACAUAUUUCCAGGUCCUACCAGACUUUCUUAUCGUAGCCACUUACUUGCUUCUUUGGAUGGCCAGAUUCUUUCAUAUAGGGAACGAGUUCGUUUUCAAAUACCAGGACUAUUUCUUCGCCGACUACAUUAUGGUUCAAUCCACGCUUCUACUGAUAAUGAAAGCGUUCGCUGUGGCGGCGAUCGCGAUCCAAAGAUACAUUUCUUUGUGCUGCCACACCAGUUGGUUGCACCAGGUAGAGUCGAAUGAACUCAAUGAAGUUGAAGAAAAAAUUCUAAAAAAUAUGAAGCGAGAAAGUCAGAAAAAAGGAAAAUGUUCCUUGUUAAUCAGGGUUCUUGAGAGUACAUCUCGGCCAUUUUCAUCAGCCUAUCAGAGCUAGACUGUUUUUUCCUCCCUUGUGAGUUAAUCUUAAAACUCGGAGAAAACUGUAGCCGUGAAAAGAACUAAACAAGAGAAGACCAAAAAUGUAAAAAAUGAAAAAUUUUUUUGCUCAUGAUUAGGAAGCUUCAAAGGGCUUCAAAAAGUUUAAUUGUUCCAGAAAAUGACCGCAUGUCCUCCUUGGAUCAUCUAUCUCGUCAUUUGGGGUCCUCCGAUUUUGAUUUGUUCUCCGAUUUGGAUAAUAGGCGAAGGAAAAAUUGUCGACUCUGAAACACUGACCUUCAAUGUUCCAGAAUCAGUUUCAAGGGUGUGAAUAAUAUCUUUGAUUCCAAGAAAAAAAAAGGCUUACAGAUGUCUUCAAUAAUCAACUUGUUGACGAUGACUCCAAUUUUUUUCAUCGUAUUUUUGCUUUACGCAAGAAUUUUCAAGUACUUGAUCGUCAAUAGAGAGCUACUAAAAAGGUUGAUUCUAAUCAUAAAUUGGUAGUUUUCUAAUAAACUGACGAAAGAGUCAAACCGAAAUCAUCGGAUGCGGGCCUCUAUUGGCCUCUUUUGACAAAUUUAGCGGGAAAAUCCAAACUACUCACAAAAAAAACCUCACUUGUGAGCAUAAAAAAAGUCAAAGUUCCUUAGGAACUACCGAGCGGUGUUCAUGAAGGCAGCCUAAGUUCCCCUCUAGGGACAACUUUAACUCGCUUUACAGGGGCUACCAAAGCUUGCAAUAGCGGCCCCUAUAGAAGUUUUUAGUCAGUGGCCCACCGGACACGAUAGUCAAUUAUUGUGAAAAAUUUGUAUUUUUCCUUUCCAAAUAUGAACAGCAAAAAAAUUGAAAGACCCCAUAAGGUAUACUUUAGGGGCUUAGGGGCCAGACGCUCAACCUUCAUAAGGACCCCUAAACCCCUAGAAGGGCCACUUUUUCCCUAUAUCAUAGCAACGCGGUCGCGAAGCGGUCGAUUUGCCACUGUUCGAACCUUUUCUCUCGAAACAUUCAUAGAGUGUGUAAAGGGGGAAGUGAGAGAUCGAAAAUAUGUUAUUUAGGAACAUUAUGCAAUCUAAUUUAUGAAAUGAGAGAUAAAAGUUUGCGAUUGCAACGAUUGUGGGCCGAUUCGGCCAUCAACCUCGGCCCACAUCUCUGCCUGUAUGGCUGUUUUUUUUCACCUUAAAGGCAUAGGGGCAGUAAAAAAUGGGGUUUCAGGUGAAAGCAGUAUCUUAUAUAGUUUUUCUUUGCGAAUCGAAUGGUGUACUCAAAAAAAUACAGAUGUGACAACUUUAGAAGAAAAACGCGAUUUUACUUUCCCGCCUUUAUUUUUGAAAAAAGCUUUGGAUCGGCCUACGGACAAAUGUUUACAGUAGCCGUGAACGCGAUGUUGCGGACGUCUCAUUAGACUCGCAUUUUUUGAGAAAUAACCGGCUCUCUGCUUCAAAUUAAGGGUUUCUUUUCAGAAAAAAACGUUUAGUCAAACAAAAAACACACACCGAUAAUAAAGGAAACACAAAUAAUCGCUAUCCCAAUCGAAACCGAUGUAAAAUCAUCAUUUUUCACCAAAGAAGCAUUUUUGCGAUCAAAGUUUGCAAAUUAUACAUGAAUCGAAAGCUUUUGUGACGAAAAGAACUUUGGUGACAACAGAAAAAAUUGAAAAUUGAAAGAAACGAAGAAAAAAGCGAGAAUCCGAAAAAUGGCGGAGCCUGUUGUCCAUAGAGCGACUUUACUGCAAAACCCCCUUUUUCGCGGGAACUCAAACUUUCCUCUCUCCAACUUUGAAUAAUUUUUUCUUCAAAACUAGGAACUUCUGUACGUUUUCAAGUUCACCGAUCGAUUCGCCAUCAAAAGCUCUAUAAAUAACCGCUUUGAACUGAAACACCGUUUUUUACUGCCCCUAUGCCUUUAACAUCAUAGGGACUACUCUGACGUUCCUAAGUCUUUCAUUUUUCCACAAAAGACAAAGUAAAAACCACAAAAAAAUAGUUAUGACCUAUCUUCAAGAGCUUCAAAGUUCCGAAUAGACAAUUUUUAAUCAAACGUCUUCUUUUUCAGGAAGAGUGACAAGAAAUUGAACCAGGAGCGACGGCUGAGCCUACAAGUUUUUCCACUCGUUCUUGCAUUCGUUGUAAUUUACGCUACUAAUGUGGUUGCUUUGAUUCUCGGCCAGCUUGGACGGGUUUUUCUUUUUCACAAAGAGCCUUUUUUAUCGAAAAAAAUAUUCUAGCUAGACCUGAUUUCCGCCUAUGUGUACCCAAGCUACCCGGUGAUAAUGAGCACUUUCGCGUUCAUCAAUCCGUGGACCCUGCUGAUUCUCAACUCCGAUGUCCGUCGGAAUCUUUUCGGUUCUCAAAAUUCGAGCUUUCCGGUGACCUUUCGAGAUUUCUAUCGUUAAGAAAAUAUUUUUAUAGGAGACGUCCAGUCGCCCUGCUGUACAAGCCAUUCGAGUUGGGACAAUUACAACACAAUCUGUGACACCUUGAAAUUUCCACAUCAUUUUUUUUCUCAAUUUGAAAUAUGAAAGUAUUCAAGAUAAAAGCUUUUCGGUGUGUCAAAAGUUCUCUUUUUAGGGAGAAGUGAAUUCAUGGAGUCAAUUUUUCCCGACUUGAAAGGCGAGAGAGACAGAGAAGUGGGCGGGACGCGUAGCGUGUGCGUUCGCGGUUCUUGGUACGAGUUCAAUUCAACCGCCAGCGACUAUUUAGAGAGAUCGUUUAUCGCUCUUUUUAUUCCUUUUCAUUUCCUUAAUCGUUUUUUUCAUUUUUUUCUUUCAAUGGCGGUUGAAUUGAACUCGUGCCAAGAACCGCAUACGCACACGCUACGCGUCCCGCUCACUUCUCUGUCUCUCUCGCCUUUCAAGUCGGGAAAAAUUGCUAUGCUAGUAAAAAAAUUCAAAUUCCCAAAAAAACUUGUUUAAAUCCUUUGAAACGUUUCCCUUUAUCGAUAGAUGGAUGACUACGGCGCACUUUUGAGUUACUUUGAAAUUUUUUUUCAUUGUUCGCUCGCAAACAGCUUUCUGUGAAGUGGAAGUAGAAAACAAGAAAAGUUAAAUUUGUUUCCGGUUUGCAUACUUAUAUGACCUGGUCAGAUAGGGAAAAGAGAAAGCACAGACACAUCAGAUUUUUUCAAUUUUACUCUACGCAUGUUUGAGACAGCCGGUGGCCGGUCAAUCGUGCGCUGUCAGUUUCGGAGGCAAGUAAUUUUAAAUUCUCUUCUUUUUUUAUUUUUAUUUCUCGAGGUUACAAGGUAAGUUACGUCACAAAAAGUCCACAAGUUUUCAUUUUAUUAUUCAAAACCCUAUCUACCGUAAUACGACCGGCCGCCUUAAACCGGCGUGAAUCAAAAGCACUUUCAAGCUUUUCUGAAACAAAAAUACUCAAAAAAAAAAAAUUUGGCUUUGUGAGAAAAAUUUCGCUGAGCGUGUGAAAAGCUGCUUUCCCCUUUAAUCAUUGUUUCAUUAUUAUUUUCCUAUCUGCCGCUUUUUGACUUCCCGUCUACUGCGGAACAUUAAAAGAAUCUGAAUUUUCUCAGGUUAUGCUUACUCCCACCUGGCAGAAUUAUCUAUUCGCCAUCGAAACAAUAUUCACUGUACCGUUUUACACGACUCUGACCGUUUCUCUUAUUGUUUGGAGACGAGGAAAUCCUGUCUUCCGGUCGCCGUACUACACAAUGACUUUGGCGCAGGUUUAAUGCAAAAAAUGAUAGUAUGGAAUUCGUCAACAAGUUGCUCUUCGAAAAAAAAACACCCGAAGCUCUGAUAAAGAGGUUUUGACCGUCUAGAAAAAUUCGGAAACUUGAUAAAAGUUUCAAAAUUUGGAGAAGUAUCGUGAAAGCGUAGGUCCCAACAGAUAAACUAUCCAAAACACCUCUUUGGAAGAAUGGAAUUCGCUUUUUUUUUCUGGAGAGAUCGUGAAAAACCUAAUUAUUUGCUGGAAUGAGAAGCGCGAAAUACCGCAAAAAAGGCGUUGAAAUUCACUUUUUGAGGCCUUUUUGAAGCUUUUCGUUUUUCAGAAAAAUUUGAAAAAAAAAAGAAAAAGAGAGGCAGCGAAGCAUUUCAAACGGUCUUAUUAAAAGACGCAAAAGGUAGCUUUCGGAGAUUUGCAAAACAUUUGAGAAGUUAAAAAAAUUUUUUUUUUUCCAGGUUCUUCCCGACUUUCUCAUCGUGGCCACCUAUUCACUUCUUUGGACGGCCAGAUUCUUUCAUAUCGGAAACGAGUUCGUCUUCAAAUACCAGGAAUAUUUCUUCGCCAAACACAUUAUGAUCCAACCCACGCUCCUACUGAUAAUGAAAGCGUUUGCCGUGGCGGCGAUCGCGAUCCAAAGAUACAUUUCUUUGUGCUGCCACACCAGUUGGUUGCACCAGGUAAAGCCGAACUAAUUCAGCGAUGUUAAGAAGGGAGUUCUAACAAGGGAAUUGUGGGAGGUGAAGAUCUGGUCUGAACUUCUGUGGUAGGAAGUCCUAGGUAUGAGUACUCGAAAACAAAAAGAAUCCUCUGCGAAAGUGCUGAGAAACAUCUCGUUUAAAAUAUACGGAAAAAGCUCGACAACUGAUUAUCUUUGUGUUUAGUUACUUUCUCGUGUUUCUCCUGCUAUAGUCUAUUAGAAAAGCUGUUUUAGAAAUCGAUCAGUUUUCGAGUGUGUUCCGUACAUUUUCAAAGGGCUAAUUCACCGAACCCAAUGGAGCUUAGCAGAUAAUUCUUUUUGCCUUCGAGCUGCCUUAGAAGUUUGGACAAGAUCUAUGACCUCACACACUUUCCUUGUAAAAACUUUUGCUGAGACUAAACUAAACCGUGAAAAAUCCAAACUUUAAGACGUUAAAACCAGAAAAAAAUAAGGAGAGUUUUUCUCGUUUUGCAAUCAGGAGCCUCCCUUCUGAGUUAAUCUCGAAACUAAAACAUGAAAAAAAAAAACUGAAACCGUUUUUGCUCAUAAUUAGGAAGCUUCAAAGUUCUUCAAAAAGUCUGAUUAUUCCAGAAAGUGACGAAAUGUCCACCUUGGAUCAUCUACCUCGUCAUUUGGGGCCCUCCGAUUUUGAUUUGUACUCCGAUUUGGAUAAUAGGCGAAGGAAAAUUUGUCGACUCUGAAACACUGGCCUUCAGUGCUCCGGAAUUCGUUUCAAAGGUUUGGAGAAAGUGACUAAGUUAAGAGCAAGUCUUACAGAUGUGUUCCAUGACAAAUUUGUUGACGCUUACCCCAAAUUUUUUCAUCGUAUUUCUGCUUUACGCAAGAAUUUUCAAAUACUUGGUCGUCAAUAGAGAGCUGAUGAAAAGGUUAUUUCAAUCACAAAUUUGUACUUUUUUUGUAAUUUGAUCAAAAAACCAGAACAAAGUUCCGAAUGACUUCUUUUUUCCCAAAUUCCGAAUAGACUAUUUUUAAUCAAACUUCUUCUUUUCCAGAAAGAGUGACAAGAAAUUGAACCAGGAACGACGGCUGAGCUUGCAAGUUUUUCCACUCGUUUUUGCCUUCGUUUUUAUUUACGCCAUCAAUGUGUUUUCCUUGAUUAUCAGCCAGCUUGGACGGGUUUUCUUUUCCCGAAAGGCCUUUUUUAUCGAAAAACAUAUUCUAGCUAGACCUGCUAUCUACUUAUGUGUUCCCAAACUACGCGGUAAUAAUGAGCAAUUUCGCGUUCAUCAAUCCGUGGACCCUGCUGAUUCUCAACUCCGAUGUCCGUCGGAACCUUUUCGGUUCUUCAAAUACGAACUUUCUGGUGACCUUUCGAGAAUUCUAUCGUUCAUAA